UCAAAUAAAGUGCCGGUGGUGCAGCCAUCCCACGCGGUCCACCCUCUCACUCCCCUCAUCACUUACAGUGAUGAGCACUUUUCUCCAGGAUCACACCCUUCACACAUCCCAUCAGAUGUCAACUCCAAACAAGGCAUGACCAGACACCCUCCAGCUCCUGACCUCCCCAGCUUUUACCCUCUGUCUCCAGGUGCCGUUGGACAGAUCACCCCACCUCUUGGCUGGCAAGGUCAGCCUGUAUAUCCCAUCACGGGUGGAUUCAGGCAACCCUACCCAUCCUCACUGUCAGUCGACACUUCUAUGUCCAGGUUUUCCCAUCAUAUGAUCCCCGGUCCUCCCGGUCCCCACACAACUGGCAUCCCUCAUCCAGCUAUUGUAACGCCUCAGGUGAAGCAGGAGCAUCCUCACACUGACAGCGACCUAAUGCACGUGAAGCCUCAGCAUGAACAGAGAAAGGAGCAGGAGCCAAAAAGACCUCACAUCAAGAAGCCUCUGAACGCUUUCAUGUUAUACAUGAAAGAAAUGAGAGCGAAUGUGGUGGCUGAGUGUACCCUAAAGGAAAGUGCAGCAAUCAACCAGAUCCUAGGCAGAAGGUGGCACGCCCUCUCCCGUGAAGAGCAGGCUAAAUAUUAUGAAUUAGCACGGAAAGAAAGACAGCUACAUAUGCAGCUUUAUCCGGGCUGGUCUGCAAGAGACAAUUAC